CGUUUACAGACGUUCGUCGAGCACCGGAGCACGUGAUUUUGCGAUUAAAUUGUUGUUCUUUUCGACCAGUACUUGGCCAGUUCAAUAAAUGUCUUCAUAACAUAGAAAAUAAAUAAUUAGAAUGUCUUAUAAUAAUAAUAGAAACAGCUUUGGCCGCGGCGGUGGCGGCGGUGGUGGCUUUAGAGGCAAUAGUAAGUCAACCAUAAUAUUACUAUGAAUUUUAAAUACAAAUUAUGUUCUAUUCUAUAAGUCUAUUAUUUAAAAACGACUUGGAAUUGGUCUUUUAAUGCUUUACAAAUUAAUUACUACCUAUUGUACCUGUUAAUUACUACAUACUAGUUAUUAGUUACUUGGGUAUUUAUUGGUUUUGGCGUAAAAUGUUUAAAUUUGUAAUUUUUUUUUCCCUGAAAGGAUUUUAAUACUUUACUGAUCUACAAUAUGUAAUGUUCAUUAAUAUUUUAUUACACCCUUAUAAAUCAAAAAAAAUGUAUACCAACCACAAACCUUUUCGCUUAAUUUAAUGUAGGUAUUGUUCUGUGGUCAAGUGAUAACACGCACAAACUCGAGAAUGUACAAGUUGAAAUCUGUAUUAUUCAUACCAUCACUAACUACUUAUUUUUAAUGUAUUCAAAAUUAUUAUAAAGUAGAAUGUUCAGUUAAUGAUUGUAAUAUUUAUAGUUUAGUUAAAAUGUUUUAAAUAUUAUUUAUUUAUUAUUUACAGAUAGUGGAGGUGGUGGUGGAAAUUUCCGUGGCGGUGGUGGAGGUCGUGGUGGUGGAAGAGGUGGUUUCAAUAGGUUCGCAGAACAAGGACCACCUGAAGAAGUAUGAUUGUACCUAUAUGUUUUCCUUUUAAUUAAUAAAAUUGCUUGCAAUAUUGGUAAUUACCUAGGUUUAGGACUUGGUAUUUAUUUGGCUUGACAUUAAAUCUAUCAGUGUUGUAGAAAUGUAUGUGAUGACUCUUGAUACAAGUUAAAAUAUAAAAUUUGAAAGUCCUUUUUUUUAGCUUAAUUUUAUUGUUUAAAGUAUAUCUACUUAAUAUUCCAGUCAAUUAAUUCAUAUGUUGAUAGAUCUUGAAGUUUUAUAGCUAUUAAAAACUUUUAAAAUGUAUUUUGUUUGGAUAAAUCAUUACAAAUUAUUUUUAUUUUUUAAAUUUACUAAUUAAAUUAGUUGUACUAUGUAAGGUUUUUUCAAUACACUAUAAUGUAUAAAGUUACAAAUACAUGUAAUAUUCAUAAUGACAUUGUAAAAUAAAUGGCCAUUUUGAUCUUUUUGGGAAAAACUGGGGGUUUAUAAUUUGAAGGAAAUAUUGUCGUGUGUAUAAUAUUAUUACAAGCAAUGAUUUUGAAAAAAAUUGAUUUAUUUUUGUUAAUGUAGGUAAUACCCUUAGGACAUUUUACACAUUCCUGUCAAGAUGACAUUGUUUGCAAGGUUGACAUGGAGGAUGUACCUUAUUUCAAUGCACCCAUAUAUUUUGCCAAUAAACAACAAAUUGGUAAAAUAGAUGAAAUAUUUGGCUUGUACAGUAAUUAUUCUGUGUCUAUCAAAUUGAAUUCUGAAAUAAAAUCUAAAUCUUUUAAAGUAGACGACAAGGUAAGUUUUAUUUCGCUGUGUUAUUUUAUUAUUGUUGAAACAUUAUUUGUAUGGUUUAUUUUUAUUUCAGUUAUAUAUUGAUCCUGCAAAAUUAUUACCUCUGAAGAAAUUUUUACCUCAGCCUGGUGGUCAGAAAGGCGGUCGAGGUGGUGGUGGCGGAAGAGGACGUGGUAGAGGUGGCGGUGGCCGUGGAGGCGGUGGAUUCGGUGGGCGUGGCGGUGGAGGCCGUGGUGGGGGUGGCCGUCCUUCAUUUGGCCGAGGAGGUGGUGGAGGUGGUGGACGAGGAUUUGGAGGUGGUGGUGGUGGUGGUCGUGGAUUUGGCGGUGGUGGUGGUCGUGGAUUUGGAGGUGGUGGACGAGGAGGAGGUGGUCGUGGUUUUAAAAGAUAA